UGUAGGGAGGGCAGUCAUCACGCCAUCCUGAGCAGCAGGAGCUGACGUUGGACGAAGCUGCCAGGUAGCUGAAAAAAGGCACAGAAGGCAGCUGAUACCCACUUUUCAACGUGGUGGUUUUUUUUUUUUUUUUUUUUAGUCUGAAUCUGGACUUCAAGCAACACAGCGUCUGAGACAGCUCAUCUGAACCACACUCUAUUGCAAUACUCGCUCUUCCCAAAGAAAAAGACUCCACUGAGUAGCAGAAUGCUGCCAGUGUCGCAGUUAGGGUUACAAUACAGAGCCUUUUUGUAACAUUUUAAAAUCUCUUUCUGUUCAUAUAUUUAGAGAUACAUACAUACACUCAUACAUCAAUUCUUCCUUUUUUUGAGGGCACCUUUGGCUUUUGUUACCCUGAUGUGACUUCUUCUUCGUCUUGGAAUGAUGGGGAUCUUUCUAGCUUAUGUUGGAUUCAUUUUCUUUUCAGUUAUGUAUAUUCAGCAAGGACUUUCUACCCAAGCAAAAUUCACUGAGUUUCCCCGAAAUGUCACAGCCACUGAAGGGCAGAACGUGGAGAUGUCUUGUGCUUUCCAAAGUGGCUCCGCUUCGGUGUACCUCGAAAUCCAGUGGUGGUUUCUGCGAGCGGCUGAGGACCAAGAGGCUGGAGCUGAGGUGACAGGCACUCAGGUGGAGCUCUUGCCCGAGCGGGACCUGGACAGCGACGGCACGAAGAUCAGCACAGUGAAAGUACAAGGGAAUGACAUCUCCCACAAGCUGCAGAUUUCAAAAGUGAGGAAAAAGGAUGAAGGCUUGUAUGAGUGCAGGGUGACCGAUGCCAACUAUGGAGACCUUCAGGAAUACAAGGCCCAGGCAUUUCUCAAAGUCAACGCUAACAGCCACUCUCGGCGAAUGCAAGCCUUUGAGGCAUCCCCUAUGUGGUUGCAAGACAUGAAACCUCGCAAAAACAUCUCAGCAGCUGUUCCAAGUAGCAUCCAUAACUCUGCCAAUCAGCGUGUGCGUGCCACCUCCAGCCCUGAAGCAGCAGCCAAAAUCCCCAAACAAAGUCCACAAUCAGCUAUUUAAAAAUGAAACUUUCAGACUUACCUCACCUUAAGAACAAAAAUGAUGUAUAAAGAUCUGGUAGGGGAACCCACAGGAGUUUCCUGAGUAGCAGAAUCACAGUCAUUCUGUUCUACAUGCCUGAUAUAACUUCCUUUGGUAAUUAACCACUGGAAAGAUUGCAGAUGGGCCACACAGUUAUUAAAGAAAGAGAAGAAAAGAAAGGAAGAAAAGAAAAACAGGAAGGAAAAAAAGCUGUUUAUGAGUUGUUUGUCAGCUCACUCAAAUUGCUUUUCAUUGCUACACAAUCAGGCAGCUUGCACUGGGUCAUCAGAGAUUGCAGCAUAUGUGACAGGGCCUGCUCUUGAAAUAACUGAUGGGAUUUCCUUGCUUCAGAACACAACUCAUUUGUUACUUGACACAUGUACAGCAAAGCAGAGGACAUUGUUCACUUGUUUCAGAUGGGAAGCAGGAAGUUUCCUGUCUAUGGUACCCUACUUCAUUAUGAAAAUCCUUUGCAUCACUUAAAAUUAAAAAGAAUGGGUAGAAUUAUCUGCUGGUUGGAAUGGAUACCACUCUGCUGAAUGGCAUUAAUUUACAAUAGCAAAAAAUUUGGCUCAGGCUUGAGGAUGAAGAUGAAUUAUCUCCUACUCAUAAAGUGACAGUGAAUUAUAAGAAGAAUCUAAGCUUUACCAGCUUCUGCCAUCUAAAGAAGUUUAGGACAGUGAAGCUGUCUGGGAGCAGAAUGAAGAGAAGGAAAAUACCUGAAAACUGCUAUUUUCAGCUCAUUCAGAUUCAAGGGGAGGGGGCAUUGUUGUUGGUAGGUUUUGUUGCUUCAGGGUUUUUUGUGUGUUUUUUUCUUUAACUUUGAUCAACUUUUUUCUAGUGUUUAUCCUUGAAACAUUAGGCCGUACUGGCUCGAAAGUUCAACACUUAGUAUUUUCUUAUUCUCUGGACAGGGAUUUUCCAUUUGAUUAAAUAAUUCAUGAGAUUAUUCAAAGAUAUUCCAGACACAUAAACCUUCUUAACAGGUACAGUAAUAAUCAAUUAAUCCUGCUUUGCUGAUGAUAAAGCUGGAUGUCAUUUGAAGAGCAGCUGAUGAUCUUUACGCUGGCCUUGUAAAGAGAAGACUCUGCCCCAAACCCUUCAUUUUACCUUACUGUAAGGAAGUUGCCGUCAUAGUUUCUGGCAGUGCAACUUGCUAUCCUGUCUGUGUGGGGGUGUUCCAGUCUGCUCCACCUCACUGAAGUUUGUUCCCUCACCUACUGACAAAUGCUACUGUUUUGGAACAAAGCUGCCUAAUGUGCUGAGAAGAAUAAAAAAUGUGAAAGCUAACUACCACAGCCAGCAUUCCCGGUGCUUCAUACGUACGAUCUGUGUUCAUCAACAGCAACAAAAAUACAGAUAGCAAAUCUGGAUGCUAAUUCUGCUGCCAGUUCUAUUUCUACUGCUGUUAUACCCUCAGCUGCUGCUGUUGCCUGUGACAAUGACUGAGGCUUUUGGCCACCAAAUCACAGCUCUAGGGCUAUAAUGACUAUAAAAGUGACUUCUACAAGACUACAGAAGAUGGUCUAUCCGUCUCCAGUUCAUUCUGUGCAACUGAAAAAAGAAAAUUAAAAAGGCAAGAUGUUUUGUGAAGGAGCAAUAAUAAAUCAAUUAUGAAGCCAAGAAGCAGCAGUAGGUCUUGUGGAGCUAGACAUUCAGAUGGUACAAAGCCCUUUAGUAGAAUAAUACUGUUUGAGAAUAUGGCUACAUAGCAUUGUGUCUGUCUGAAACUGCCAAAAUAACAGGUCAGUUACCUAUUUUGUACUCUGUUGAACUAUUCAUAUACAUAAAAUAUGUACUGAUCAGUGACCAUCUUAUACCUGAAGAGCCUUUGAAUAACAAUGAAUGACAUUUCAUGAUUAUGAUUGAUCCCACAUCUCAGAACUGUAAUGAGAAAGGUAAAAAAAAAAAUAAAUAAAAGUAGAAAAAAUCAACAAUAUAGAAUGUGAAGGAGAUGAUAGAAUUAAUACAGGAUUUGGCACAAAUAGUUCAAGCUUCACUCUCACAAUCCACCAUUUUUGAACUAGUGCACCGUGGUUGUAGGGGUGAUAACACUGUAUUUUUUUAUUCAUAUCACAGUAACAGCAAGGGUGAAGGCUUUGACUUGUGAACUCUGAUUUAGUUCUUACAGUUCAAAAUGUUGCCACCCAAAGUCUCUGUCUUGUCCCAUUCAGAAGUUAUUGCCCCAAACUUGGAUGGUAGAAGGAAAUAGGUGCCUGCUCCUCAGCUCCCCCAGUUCACAGUGUUGAUCAUUAAAUUAAGCCUCUUUGACAGCUGAUAAACUAAAACAUCGGGUUGUUGAAUUGAGAUAGAUGAAGAGAUGGCAUGGGGUUUGCUUCUAUCACUCCUACUACUGGGGUUUAAUUUCCAUAAGAGGGGGAGGUAGAGAGAUGGAGGCACUAUCAUCUUAAACUGCUCCAGCUAAAACCAUUAAGAGCUCGUGAGUCAUAGCCCUUAGACAGAGGUAUGUUCUCUUAGUUAGAGGCAUUGUUCUAAUCUCUAUAACAACUGCAUUAUCCACCCGGCAAACAAAGGAUCAGAAGAAUGGUCCCUGCCUCAAAACACUUACCAUCUAGGAAUCAGACAGAAGAAAACAGACUCAUCCAGUCGGAUGGGUACAGAUAGAUGGGAGCUUAGAUGGGUUCCACAAAAAUAGCUCUUAUAUAAAUGAUAUAAAUAGAAGGAGAUCAGGUUGACUGUAUGUCAAACAUAAGCCUAAGCAGUGUCAGGUGUGAAAAGCGAGAAAAGGGAUUCAAUAUCUCAUGCUGAAAUAUUUACAAAGAAUGAUAAUUUUCCUUCUGUCUGUGUUAUAAUAACCAUCCUUGUAUAUGUUUUUCUUGGUAUGACAGUGCUGUUGAAGAUGAUAGAGUAAUAUUAAGUAUCAUCCCACUUAACAUUUUUUUCUGAUAGAUGAAAGGAUGAACAGGAUACAAAAAGCACAGGAGGAAAAAGACAAGUUAUAUUCUAUUUUUCUUCAGAUAAAACUCUUGUUGCAACUUUAUGGUAUCUUUCAGAAAUGGCUCUGUUAACAUUUUAAUUACAAUGUAGCAUGUAUCAAAUAUAUACACAUUUAUAUAUAUUACAAAAAUGCUGAGCAAUUUGUGCUGGAGCCAUGUUUAGUUACAACAGCAGAAGCUGGUUACUAACAAAAGAGUCAAUAUAAGAAUAAAUUUUUUUUAAUAGCCUAAGUUCCUGCCUUCAUUCAGGGGCAUAACUAUAUACAUGUAAAUGGAUGAGGAUGGGUUACCACAGGACGGUCACAAAAAACUACAUUUGCUUUGGAAUCAGCCAUUUCAUACAGACAAAUAGAAAUCCACUGGUUUAUAUAUUUUUCUGCCACACAUUAAAAAAAGUCUAAGACAUUUUAUAUCCACAAUUUUCAGGGACAGGAUGAGAGAGAAAGGUGCCCAGUGCUGAUAAGAGUAGUCAUAAAGCAUGCUGCCAGUGGUUCUCAAACAAUACCAAUUAACCAAUUUAGGGCCUGAAUUUGCUUGAGCUUGCCCCCCUUUCCCUCAGCUUCUAACUGUCACAGUGGGCACCGGAUACUGGACUGCUUCUCACACUAGUUUUAUUUAAAUAGCUAACACUGGUCUUCCACAGACCAUUUGGAAACACCUCUCUUGGCAACCCUUUUCCAAAAAAGUACUUUCUCACUGAAAUAGAAACAGCUGAAGUCAAUGCAUUACUUACACAUGUGAAGAGAUAUUCAAUGUAAAGAAAAAACCCACAACACAAACCCACCAACAAAAAAAAACUUUAAAAACUUUGCAGGCUCAAAAACCAACUGAAGGGAGGAAGAGAAUUAGGGAAUCUACUACAAAUGGCUGAUGCCUGAACAUUUGUGACUGAAAGCCCCAGGUAGGCAGAAUGUUAUUCUCCUAAGACAAGAAAGUCAUCAGGGAAGUUUGUGAGUAUCAAGACAAAAAGUCUUCCACAAUAAAAUAAAUAUAUAGUGAUGGAAGUAGUCAUAGUUGUACAGCCACUAAACAAUUCAAAGACAUCAAGAACUCACUAUAUCCUUGGCUGAACACAUGAAAUUUGAGGUGGCUGAUGACAAAAAACCCCAAAGUUUUAAGCUGCUAGAAGGAGGAGUAUGUUUCUGGGUAUAUCUAAUGCUGAAAGCUAUAUGCCUUAGGUUCAAAAAUCAUUUUGACUCUGACAUGGUCUACCCCACAUAUCACCCACAGAGACAAUUCAUCUACAUUUCACUGAAUGGGUAUCUAACUUACUGCUACUUGACUAUUCUAAACUUGUUUAUGAGAGUAUCACAUGAAAAUAAUGCUAGGGGAAUUAAAAUUCCAGAAGCUGAAUUUUUGACGGGAUAGUCUGUCCAGAUAGCUAGACUCAUUUUCAGACCAAAACAGCCUAAAUAAGUUUUCAAGAAGCAUAAGCACUUGAACAAAACUUAGGAUGACUGCUACAGAAACAAAUUACACUCAUGAAGCCAAUGCAAAACUGUAUCAGGAUUUCCUAAUCAUGCUAGUAUGUAAGAUAUUAUUUAGUCCUGAACUACUUAUUAAUACAAUUUAAACAAAGCUACAUAAGAAACAGGAAGGAAAUGCACUGAUGAGAAUGGAAGUUGUGAAUUACAGGAUAAAGGACAUAGGAGAGCACAAAAAUUACACUAGAGGUGGACUAAGCCAUCUACAGUAUCCAGUUCGUCUUCCUGAAAGUGUUCCUUGAGUGUUCAAACUCAACAGUAAUUUUUGGCUAUUUUCAUCAGAACAGUAUGAAAAUCUAUAAAUGUUGAUGCACUUCCCAUUUCAGUUACAUGUUUAUGGAUCUCACCCCUCCCUACUGCCUGUUCAAGGUCAUCAUUUUGAUGAUCUCAUUUGCAUCUUUGAGAAUGACAUUAGAGACCAUUUUAGCUUCUUCAUGAAGGCCCAAUUAGGAAGUCUGGUUCUGGUCAAGGGGUUAAAGAAUGAGAGAUAACAAGAGCACUGUUUGAAGAAUUAAAAAGAAAUCCAUGACUCUCAGAUACAUUUCAGGGGAAGAACAAGAUUUAAAUGUUUCCUUAGGUAUGGCUUGAGGUAAGGGAUGAUGUAGAAAGUGGCCUGAAUGUAAAAUCCCAUGUCUGUUCACACCAGUGUACCCGUAAUUCUACUUCUGUCCAUCCUGGCAUUGUGAAAUUACAGAAGUCAUUCAAAGUCCCACUCUUCUUUCUUUCUCCCUUCAUACUGCUAUCUAUUGUCCUUUUAUAAUUUACUAUGACUUAUUCUGGACCACUGCCUGAAGCCAAGCAUCAUUUUACUACACGCUACCUAUAUUUGAAGUCUGCUCAGGUUUUCUCUCUCCCAAGUAUUUCGAUCUCAGGUUUGCAUUAGAACAUGGCUUUAGGUGUAGCUGGCAGCAAGCUAAAGGCUGUGACCUGCCUUAGCCCAGAAAGAGCUCCAGGUGUUAUUGUGGCUCAAACCUCUGGCAGCAUUCUCUUCUCUACUCAGAAUUGGAAUAUUGUCACUUUCUUUUGCCCUGUGACAGGACUGAACACCUCUGUUCGCCUGGGAGCCUUACCUAGUGAAAGCUAGGGAAUAAUCAUCUAGGAUCCCAUCCCUCUUCCUCACCUGCUCUUCUGGGUAUCACUGGCAGAAAAUGAACACACAGCAGAUGAACAGAGCUACAUGCUGGACACAAAGCCUAAGUAGGCUUCAGGGAAAUUAAAUGCAUAGCCUAUUCUAAAUUUCUAUCAAUUUGGAAGCAGCAGUUUUCUUCAAAAAAAAAAAAAAAAAAAAAAAAGAGAUAAAUUCAGAACUUUUCUUCUGGUGUGUAAGAUGUAUUCAUUUGCCCUGCAUGGUAUAUUUGCCCAAGACAGUGAUGAAAAAUUCACACUAUGGUAGGCUGACUACUGUACAGCCAAUGGAGAAAGAUGGAUUGGAAGCCUAAGCAAAAAUGUCCACAUUAGGAGGCUUGAAUAUGAUACCAUUUGGUUUUUGUCAUUCAGUUCCCCAAAAUCAAGCACAGGUGACUGAACCUUAAAACACAUGAGACGUAAUUUCCCUGAGGAGGGAAAGGGGGACCUUAUUUUUGUGGAAGGGAAAUUUUCUUCCUGAGUGUGGGUAUAUAUUCCAGUGGUAUAGAAGAGCUACAGGUAACUGUGAUUUCUGCAAUUCAGAGAAAUAAAACCAAUAGCAAAUGGUAGCCAGAGAGGAAGAAUCUAUUUAUUUAAAACCUGUGUGAGACAUAUUCAUAUAAAACUUCAAAUAAAAUAAACCAUAGUUGGUUUCACCUAUCUUUAGGGAUAUAAAACUGCAAACAUCUUCCAAUAAAUCUUAUGGUUCAUUAAUAUUCCCAGUAAAAUUAAGGCAGCUAUUUCAAGAACCUUUACUUACUUUACAUGGAAAUAAUGCAAAAUUAUGAUUUCAUGUGUUUUCAACUGUGGCUGACAAGAAGGCUAUUUCAAAUCUAACACUAUAAAAGCAAAGCCUAGUGUUGCAAAACAGCAAACCAGGCACCUAAGGAUGGAAAAUAUCAGCACGAAUUCCUGAAAAAUGAAACUUCCAAGGUUUCAACACCUCUGUGAUUUCAGAAACCAGUAGUACAACAAAAUUAACUCAUUUCAGCACAAGCUGAAUAUAUAUCCCCCAUAUAUAUUUUGGCAUCAGGUAAUACAUACAGAGAAUUUAAGAUGGACUUUUGUGUGAAUGACUAUAUUUCUCCUGUACUGGUCAGCACAAAAUCAGGACUCUACUCAGGCAUUAGUCUUCCCUUGUGAUCAGUGUCCUAGUAAAUGAAAGAAACUGAAGGAUACCCUCACUAAACUUACAUGUUUAGUAAAAUAUUAAAGCUGUGCUGUUGAAUUCACAGAUUUGUUCUGUUAUUUAUAUGAUGAUACACUACUCCUUGCAAGGAUAACUGUAAGAAUGCGGCUUUCAGAGGCUCUGACUGGUAUUGAGGCUCAGAGUGCAGGAGGCUAUUACAUCCCAGAGACCUCCCAAACCUUAGCAAGCACAAUGAAUGCCAAACUUGCUAAACUUCAACUCUUGAAGAUGCAAACUGCUUGAGACCCAAGGUGGUUAACAAUGUAAGGUACUUUUACAAAUAGGGAUGCUAAAACUGUAGGGUCUGAGGCAACUGCUUAGGUUACAAAUCAGUGUUUUGUUCAGUUGUGAAAAAUAAUGGGCAAAAUUAUGAAACCAGCAUUUGAUUUUCAUUGCUUGCGACCUAAAGUCCCAAGUAUUUUUACACAAAUUUUGUCUGAUCAAUAUCUUACUGAAAGCAAGGGAUUAUAGUCAUUCAGGCAUGCAAUGAGUAACCGUUUUUUGUUCAGUUAGGGUAUACUAACAAUUUAUAACUUCUGCUGGCUUUAUUUUAUACUUAGAUGCCCUAAAAUUUAUCUCAUUGACAGAACAAAAUUGAUGUUUAGCUCUUUUGUCCAUAUCCUAUGAGUCAUGAAAUAUGGUUCAGCAUUUGUGACAGAGAUUAUCUUAUUAUUUUAAACACUAAGAUGACAAUUAUUUAUCACUAUUGUUUUCUUUCUGCUUUCCUAGCAUUUAAGUAAACCACAUAUUUGAAUAAAUCACAGUUUCAAAGAGUUUAAUGGCAUGAACUACUCUUUCAUGCUGUUGCACAGAAACUUAUCUCAUGAUCACAUGCCUUUGGCAAUACAGCAUUUGUUUACAGGAGAAAGCUGAGUAUUUCAUGGACAUUUGCUCAUUUGGACAUAUGUCAGUGGCAGGAAACAAAAGACAACACGUGGGCAUUUACAUCUCAUACAAAGAAUUUAACUGGAUCCCAGUGACUGAUAGAUCAAAACGUGAGAAUCCCUGACCCACACAUCAAGUAGAGUUUAACUAAUAAUGUGGAAAUAAUAUAUGCAUACAUACUACCAUUCUUCAUCCCAGUUACUGUCUCUGAGGGUAACAUAAUUGUAGUCCAGCUUUGCCCAGUGUUCUUGACCUGCAAUAAAAUUUCUUUUAGCUCUCAUUAUGCUAAUUAGAAAAUAAUGUUAGAAAUGGUGGGGAAAUGAGUAAUCGAUUUAGCAAAUCCACAGCCUGAAUGACAGGUUUUUACUUGUAUUACCGUGCUCACAGUUCCAGUGCUACUAUUUAAGUCCUGGUCUGAACUAUACACCAAAACCACAUCUGCAUGAAAACUCUGAAUCUGGAUAAUCUGUAUUUUCAAGACAUUUGGAUUUGGAUUCUGAUCUGUGCUUCAUCUCUGACUUAAGUCUAAAAAUAGUGAAACUAAAUCUCUGAUUUAAACACCCUAUGACUUUUAGAUUCACAGUCAAAAUGGAAAUUUCUGACUGUUUCUGGUUGCUUAUGCCUUGGAAACCAAAAUAAUAGAAUAUGAGUAAAUAUGUCAGAACAGAAAAAGAAAAAAAAUCUAAAAAGGCUGCUUUUGGUUUUGCUAUGUUAUUACUCUACAUUUGCAGCUUUCACCCUUCUAAAAUCUAAAGAAAUACUUGGGUUCAUGAGAGAACGAUUAUAGUUCUUUUACACAUCUCCAGGAAAAAAAAAAAAAAAAGGAAAAAAGAAAAACAAAACCAACAAGCAAACACAAAAAACCCCCCAAAACCCCCAAACCAAACAACUGAGUAUAUUUAAAUUCCAACUGUAUUUCAUAAAGAAUCACUGAAAAGAUGACAGUGCACCUAAUAGUCAUAUAUGUCACUGUAGAUUGCAAGUCAAUUUUAUCGGGGGUGAUAUAUUACUGAAAAUGUUUCAGUUUGGGUUAAACAGCAUUUUGGAAACUAUUAAGCCAGUAAAUAGAGCCCUGAUAUGACAUUAGGAUAUACUAAUCAGUUUCCCAAACCAUGCAGAGGACACUGUUUAUGACAGUGAUUUCCAACAAUUCUAACGUCCUCUUUCUUCACCUAGAAGCUGAAAUUGCUUUAGUUCUAUUUCCCUUAAUUUUUUCUCAUGUGUUCAGUAUUGCUUUAGCUUGUACUUGCUGCAUCUACUCUAACCUAAAUCCCUGGCAAGAUAAAGAAAAACAAACUUGGUGUUUAGAGAAGAACAUUCAUGUAGAACACGUUAUAUGAACUGGAGGGAGGUCAUGAUUUAUACAGAGACUGAAGAUUAGAAACAAAAAAGUUAUCAUGUGUAUGCAGUAUAUGAGCCCUAAUUUGGGGACCUACAGAUGUCAUGUUGUAAAAAGGCAAAAGAAAACAAAAAGCAAAGAAUGCUUUGCCUGAAAAUAUUAUUGUGCUGCUUUUCCCACUGUGAAAUAGCUUAAGUGAAACUCACUUUGUAUCAUACUGUUUCUCUUCCACACGUUACAGCUUUCAAAUUCUCAAAUUAUAAUGCCAUUAAUUGUUUAAAAAGCUCUUUUAAAAAUAUCCAUGAGACUCUUCUGAGUAUUUAUCCUUAUUUGCGUUAUAUUGCAGAGGAAAUGUAUCUCUAAAGACCUCUUCAGAAUUGUCUUGAGCAGUGUAUUUCUCUAGUUCAAUCGACAAAAUAUUUAAAUGGAAUAAAACGAGUGAAAAUAAUUCAAUACCUCAUGAAAUGAUCUAACACUAACAAAGGUUCUAAGUUCUGCUAACCUAGUUAGGGAAAGAAAAGCCUUUGUAAAACUCUGUCAGAUGAUAAAUUUUACACUUUAUAUAAAGAGAGAACAAAGCCAUGCUGCAAUAAAACCAAAAUCAGAAAUUCAACUCGACCCUUGGGCGCAAGCUUGUAAAUACUACCUGUAUGAGAACAACCUACAGGAAGAAGUUACAGCUGUUUUGCUUGUGUGCUUGCUUGUUCCUAAUACAGAACAAGCGCUCCGAGAAGCCCAGCAAACUACUGCAGUGUAGUACAGGCAGGCCCGCAUUAUCAGAUGGGCAAGGGAAAAGUAGGCUUCCCACUCCUGUCAACGUUCAACAGGAACUCAGGUCAGAGUUCCCUUGGACGUCUUUGAAAGUCUUAGUAAUACCUUUAUGUUUCCUUUUAAAAGUUCAUAUUCAUUUAGAAAUUCAGUUCACACAUGGAUAAUUGAAAUAUCACUGUUACUUAGAAGUUCUGGUGCAUGUGACAGGAUGAAGUGUCUUUUACGGCAACUCCUAUGUAUGCAAUGUCUCACACCAUCUAUUUACAAAAGGAACCAAUGUUCAGAGGUGUGGGAUUUAGUUUAAUCCCCAUUUUUGAAGGGAAAAGAAUACUAAAGACAGGAAUAGAAAUACUUGCUACACUUAUAAACAUAGUUAGCAGAUGCAGAGAAAUGUUUUCCUGAUAAACAUCUGAAAACUUUAAAAAAUGAGCGUUUGCCUUGAGUUAUUUUUGCUUUCAUUGUGUAUAUCCUUGAUGAGAAGAUAAAUGUGCUUUCAGGGGCUGCAAUGGAAUCCAGCAUUCAGUUUAAUAUUAAAUUCUUUUAAAAAAAAUAGCUUAUACAUGAUUAAUAGAUAUUUAAAAAAUAACCAGUUAUUAAAAGUCCAGCAUUAUUAUGGAAUGCUUAUAAAACCAUUAUUACUUUGUUAUAGAAUUGAUGCCUGUAACCAUCAAUAACAUUCAUCCUUUUCAAGUAUACAACAGAGAUAUAAAAUCUAUUAAUCAUGCAUUAACCUGUUACAAUUGGAACUUUUAUUCAUAGUGUAACCAAAUUAAAUUUAUGGUUUUCACCUCAAGUAAUAUGUUUCAAAUUCUGAGUGUAAUUCUUUAUGAUACAGGGAGUUAUCAAGCACUGAGACUUGGUAUGUAUGACAUCUAAAUACUCAUGUCUUUGGUGUGCAAACAUUUCAGUUUAAUUAAUCUAGUGCUGGAUGUUUUUAUUCUGAUAACGUACUUCAAAUAUAAAGUCAUGUUUUUAGAAAUAAUGAUAUGUACCAUUGUUUUCACAGUUCUUCAAAAAGAAAAAAAAAUCUGGGAAAAUAUAAUUUCUCAAAAAUAAAUACUCCAAAACUUUUAGCAUUCUGUUUCCCCCUUGUAAAUAGCUCAGCAAUUUGCCACUAUCAUCUCCUCUGUUUUACAACAGUCUUUAGCCACUAGAUGACACUUUUGUUGGCAAUGAUGUGAUGCUGGAAAUGAUAUUGUAAAGAGCACUCUGAGGUGGAAGGUGUUUGGGUUUGUUCCUCUUGGUAUACGGUUUCACUGGAUAACGUUGUUUAAAAAGACAGACAAGAAACAAAAGCAAAGCAAAACAAAAAAAACCUCCCUGGGACUGAAAUACUUUGUAUGUGU